GUUUGAUUGAGAGUUUAUGGUUAUUUUCUUCAUCAAUUAAACUAUUAAACUGUGACGUCUCCCCUUUCGGCUGCAGUAACAGUGCUGGGAGGAGAAGACAAUUCUUUAAAAAUCGAGUUAAAAACACAUAUCGAGUAUUUGAAAAUCUAAUGUUUUUAUUCAUCUAACGUUAGCAUACGUUUGUAAUGACUGAUAAGAAGUUUUCUCACAGAGACACCAGCUGAAGAGAACACACAUGUCUUUUCAUGUGUUUGGUGUCAUUAAUGUCAGGGAACAUACAUAACGAUAAUCAGUGUUUUUAUUCAGAAGGUUAAUUCUGUAAGAUGUGUUUUAGUCACUUCUGUAUGAAUUACCAAAUCUUUUUGUAUAUGUUGUCGGCAGAGAGUGAAUCUGUGUGAAAUGAUCAGCAAUAUUUUUGCUGUUGUGUGUGUUUUCUUGUGUUUAAUGAUGAAGCCCGUGCAGAUGCUGGAGGUCCCAGGAAUCAGACAGCGGCUGCUGGAGGCGUUCAGUCUGGGCAGACGGCAGCAGUACCGCCUCCCCCAUCCGCAGCACGAGCAGAGGGAGGAUCUGAGCUCAGACGUCCCCUGGGGCCACUCCCCCUCCCGCCCCGGCUCGUUCCGCAGUGUGGAGGAGAAUAAUUGUGAGGGAUACUGCGAGGCUGACAGCAACCUGCUCUAUCUCUCUUUCGUCACAGCUUGUUCAUCCAUUCCCUCCCUCUCCUCGUCAUCUGACGACGAGUACGCGUCGUCGGGGGCGACCGGGCGCUCACGCAAACGCGCACGCAGGCUCGGGAGCGGCCAUGCCGUGAACGAGCUCCUCAUCAUGGGAAAUCAAGACGGAAAGCUGAAGCGCACCGCCGUGGGGGAUGCGGGAGGUGUGGCCGAGGACUGCGGAGCUCUCAGAGAGAAUAAUGGCACAAGGAAACACAACGGGAAGAAAUCCCACGGCAAACAUGGAGAGGGAGGCAAAAGAAAAACAAAGACCAAAUCUGUGUUUCCUCACAUACGAAAGCGUAAGAAUCAGGGGAAGGCCAAGGGCUUUCUCGGCGGAUCUAAAGAGGACGCACUAGACUCGCAGCACGAUGAACUCGACAGCGUUCCAUCUCUAUGCAACAAAACCCCAGAUCUGUCCGGAGAUGAGCUGGGCCAGUCAGACGUCGAGAAGCCUCGUCUGGUGGCCGACAGCAGGCAGAACACGCUGGACGGCCCAGAGGAAGAAGAGAAGAAGGUGGCGAGCUCCGGCUCCGACAUGGACAUGUACAGUUUCCACUCCGCGGCCGAGCAGGAGGAUUUGCUGGCCGACAUUCAGCAGGCCAUCCGGCUCAAGCAAGGUGUGAUUCUGACCAGCGCCGUCGACCUGCCUUGGGAGAAGGAUUGUAAACAAGCUGUCUGUGGUGAUGUCAAAAGCACUCCCACCCCUGACUCGGAGCCCUUCACUGUGCUGGAGAUGGUCUCUAAACAGCAGAACAGCCCGCACACCCCUCAUCACCCCGCGGAAGACACGAAUGCCGCUCUCUCCUCCGAAGAGGCCCUUUGUGCCUCAAUCGCCGUGGCAACCGUGACAAAAGAGCCGGAGGCUGCGAGCGAGCCUGCCGCCCCUCCGCCCGUGGCCACAAACCCUGUUACCAAGACGACCAGCGCUACCAGUUUCCCGGACCUCACUGCUUCAUUUGAAAGUGCGGUGGAGGCUGUGGAAGAGCAAGAUGAUGGCGAACACCCGGACGACUCGCCCAGAGACGCUCCAAGCACCGAAACGGUAUCCGCCGAUGACGCUCUGGAGUCGGGGGGCUCCCUGGAGUGUCUCAGCGCUGUGGAUCUCACCACAGAACCGUGCGAGAACAGCGUUCCCAUCACCCAGAGACGCAAGAGCAGCAUGACGUUCUCGCAGUGGACGCAGCCAGAGAGUCCGCUGGCCACACGUCUGCUGAAGUCCUGCGCCGCCAAUUCUGUCAAACCGUACCCCGCUAUCAGCACGUCCUACAUCAAAACCACCACCCGUCAGCUCAGUUCGCCCUCCUGCUCGCCCGUGCCCUCUCCAUCUCACAGCCCGCUCUUCGCACGGAGAGGCCGCGACUCCUCGGCGACGGUUGCCAGGGUGGAGAGGAGACGGGUGAAGCGUCAGCGCUCCUACAGCAUCACCGGACCCAUCAGCCGAUCGGCAGACUGGACAGAAGAGCUUCGGACGCUCACUCCUAAAACGGCGGGGUCGGCUGAUUACCUGGAGUACGGCGGCUCGGAGGGGACACUCAGGACGGGUGGUGUCGCAGUGGCUCAGUCCUCCACCUCCAGCUUUCAGGAGGUGUUUACAGGCCGGACGCUGUUGGAGAGGUUUUUCCAGCAGCAGGAUUCCAGUGAACCCGAGGAGGCUGAGAAGAUCUGCUCCAGGAUUCUGGCCAUGGGUUUACUGCUUCCGUUCAGUGAUUGUUUCAGAGAGCCGUACAGCAGCAGCAGCGGACACCUCGCAACAAAGUUUGAUCAUGAUCAGUUCUACACAUGGGCAGCAGUGAGACAGCCGCCUCAGUCUCUGGAGCGUUUGGAGGGACGUUUGCCUGGACAUCUGUCCAACCUGUGGCCCCUCGCCAGACCUGGACAGACAGACCAACCUGAAGUCAAAUACACUGAGGAUGUAGAGGAAGAGGAGGAGCAUCAGGCCGUCAUCUUAGACUUAACGAAACUAAAGGAUGAAGAAAUCCGGCAAAUUCAGGAGGAGUCUGUGCUGAAGACGGUGCAUCUGAAGCAGGAGCAUGUGUGUGUGAUCGAGCAGUUGGAGCAGACGAUUGAAGAUCUGCGCUGUAAAAUCGCUGAGCUGGAGAGACAGCCGCCGGAGCGGGAGGUCAUCACACAGGAUCAGGAGUGUGGCGGUGAGGAAGGUCUCCAUCCAGACGUCUGCCAUGUGGAUCUACAGACUGAAAACCUGGCGCUCCUGGCGCUGGAGGUGAAAUCGGUGCAGACGUCUCCUGUGGAGGAGAGCUUCGGGUUUAAAGUUCCUUCUGAGGAGCCCGGCCGGAGUCAAGCGGAAUCACUGGAGUCACAAUCGGCUCAGACAUUUGUGUGUGUAUGCCAGCAGCAACAGGGCACUUCACUGCCACCUCCACCUCCUCCACCACCUCCUCCUCUCCCAGCAAUGACUGCUCCUCCUCCACCACCACCACCUCCUCCUCUCCCAGCAAUGAUUCCUCCUCCACCUCUUCCAGGAAUGAGUGCACCUCCUCCACUCCCAGGCACUUCAUUUCCGCCUCCUCCACCUCCUCUCCCAACAGGGACUGUUCCACCUCCUCCACCUCUUCCAGGAAUGUGUGCUCCUCCUCCACCUCCUCCACUCCCAGGCACUUCAUUACCUCCCUCUCUCUCUGCUGCUGGACCAGCACCCCCUCCCCCUCCUCCUCCUCCUCCUCCUGGUCUGCCGUCUCUGGCCCAUGGGGCUUGUGGUCCGUUUGGUUUGGGAUCUUUGCCUCCUCCUCUUCCGCUGGGUCUGUUUGCACUGGGAGCGACGCAGGAGAAACCGCCUCGCAAAAGUGUUGUAGAACCUCCGAGACCCAUGAAACCGCUCUACUGGACCCGCAUACAGCUGCACACCAAAAAGGAAUUGAGUUCUCUUAUUUGGGAGAAGGUCGAUGAGCCAUCUGUGGACUUUGAGGAAUUUGUCAAUCUGUUCUCCAAAACAGCAGUUAAAGAAAAGAAGAAACCUCUGUCAGACACCAUCAGCAGGUCAAAGACCAAACAGGUGGUGAAGCUGCUCAACACCAAGCGUUCUCAGGCUGUGGGGAUUCUCAUGUCCAGUUUACAUCUCGACAUGAAAGACAUUCGGCACGCGGUCCUGAAUCUGGACAACACAGUGGUGGAUCUGGAGACGUUACAGGCGCUCUAUGAGAACAGGGCUCAACAGGAUGAAAUGGAUAAAAUCAGCAAACACAUCAAAUCAUCAAAAGAUAAAGAGGGAAACAAACCUCUGGAUAAACCCGAACAGUUUCUCCAUCAGCUCUCACAGAUCCCAGAUUUCUCCAGUCGAGUCUUCUGCAUUCUCUUUCAGUCCACCUUCACUGAAUGCAUCUCGUCUGUCCAGCGCAAACUUCACAUUCUUCAGAGGAUCUGCAAGACCCUUCAGAGUUCAUCUGGAGUUCAGCAGCUUCUUGGUUUAGUUUUAGCUUUUGGGAAUUUCAUGAACGGUGGAAACCGGACCAGAGGUCAAGCAGACGGUUUCUCACUGGAUAUUCUGCCCAAACUGAAGGAUGUCAAGAGCAGCGACAACAGUAAAAGUUUGCUGUCUUAUAUAGUGUCGUAUUACCUGAGACACUUUGAUGAGGACGCCGGCAGGGAGACAUGUGUGUUUCCUCUGCCAGAACCUCAUGACCUGUUCCAGGCGUCUCAGAUGAAGUUUGAGGAGUUCACCAAAGAUCUCCUGAAGCUCCGGAAAGAUCUGAGAGCAUGCACUGCAGAGGUUCAGAAGGUUUGUUCCAGCAGUACAGAUGAACACCUGCAGCCCUUCAAAGAGAAAAUGGAGAGUUUUCAGUCUGAGGCAAAAACAGAGCUGGAGAUAGAAGAGACACAACUGAGCGACACACACAAAGUGUUCCUGGAGCUGUGUUUGUUCUUCUCCGUGAAGGCCAAGGGCGGCGAGAAAGAGGUUUCACCCAACACCUUCUUCUCCUUGUGGCACGAAUUCUCCACCGAUUUCAAAGACGCUUGGAAGAAAGAGAACAAGGUCAUUCUGCAGGAGAGGUUGAAAGCGGCAGAAGAAAGCUUCAGACAGGUGAAGGAGAAAGCCACAUACAGCAUCAAACCUAAACAUGCCUCUGGAAUCAAAGCGAAGUUGGGAAUGAAGAUAUAAGAGAUGCAGCUUUCACUGGCAUCUUACAAGACACACACACACUUCAGCUUCACUUCUGUCAUCUGAGAGAUGGACACAGGAAGUGAUCUUUGCCCUCCGAGUGUGAUGUCAUAUCCUGUGUGAUGAAGCACGAUGACCUACAACAAUCAUUUGUUCACUGGAGAUCUUGAAGCAAUAUCAUGAAAAAAGUGUCCGUUUUAUUUUUUAAUACACGAGGAAGAAAUGAAGAACAGAAGAAGAGAAACUGCGCGUCUGGAUUUACGCAGUCAAAAUAUUAAAUCAUGAAGUCAUCCGGCGGUUCAAAAUGACUUUUAAAUUUUCAGCACAUGGUUUUCCCUCCACCUGCAUUCUUUGACAUCUUGAAAGCACACUACAGGACCUUAAAGAGACACUUCAGAAUGCACACCGAUACAGUACAAACAGUAGUCUCUCUCUCUCUCUCGUGCGGAGUGCUGCGGCGUCUGUCACUCAUCCACUUCAGUGUUAUGUUUUUUCUCUUUUUUUGCUGCAUUAACACAGUUUCUCAUAAUGUAUUUAAAAUGUUUUUUUAAUUAAUGUAAAUGAUGAUAUUAACAUCUUCAUGUUGCACUGUUUGUGUUUGUUUUUAGCAUGUUUGUGUUGGACGGAUUGUCUGCUCUCCAUGUGCAAUAACUGUUGGUAUCUCUGAUGGUUUUGAGAACGGUGUAAUUUAUGUAAAAUAAAGGGAUUAAUAAAUUCA